GUGAAUCCGAAGAAAGCUCCGAUACGAUAAUCAAAGCUCUAUGUAGCUUGCGAGAGCUCUUCCGUCUUGAAACUGAGGUCCCGAACACAAGCGCUUCUUCAAUUGGCUUCUUUACCGGCGCUGAAGUCUCUCCACGUCAGCCUGAGGACGUACGAUAUUUACAAGACGCAAUCCAAUUCCACUUCAACAUUUUCCUCCCAACUCGAUCAGCUGCGCAUCACUUCAUCGUCACAUUCGAUUCUCACUCACUGUCUCAGAAAAGUCCGUUUUCUCUUCUGUCGAUCAGUGAGGUUGCGCGUCGGGUUCAUUCGAGUCAUUGGUAUGGACAUCCCGUAUGAUCCACUGGAUGUUUCAGACUUCAUUGUCUCCUUCUCGGAGUGCUUCUCUCCCACCCUUGCGAAACUCCAUGUUGACUUCGAUCUCGGCCCCAUUCACAGAUCUGCUAAUUCCGGGUUCGCUCUUGGCUUUGACACGCUUGCCCCAUUGCUGUCGUUUAGUCACUUAAGGGACUUAGACCUCGAUUGCAUCUGCACUUCGGCCAUCAGUGACGCCUCACUCAAGACCAUGGCACGAUCCUUGCCUCAGCUCGAGAAUUUCUACUUUGGAUGCGGGGCUCGUUGGCUGGUCCCACCAUCUCUCAUCUUCAUAGGACUCGCCCACUUCAUACAUUAUUGCCGGUACUUACGCAGCAUUGGAAUGCCCCUUUCCGCAUGUGCAGUAGACACCGACAGCGAGCCUUUUUCUGAAACGAUUCCCAACGAGAAGAUCACCAUAAUUUUUUUCCGAUCGUCGAUCUCAUUGCCGUAGCCUGUCAACUGGAUACAUCGCUGCCCAAGUUGACCACCGUAUGGAUCCUCCCCUGGCUGCAUGAUUGGCCCGCGCCACCCCCGUUUGGACAUUUUGAGGAUGAAUGGAGUAGGGCAAACGAGGUGCUUACUACAAGCGCAACAAUGAGGGAGAUUCAGGAGUCCAUUUUGCCAGUCUGAC